AUGGUUUCACUCCAGGCUGUGCGCACUCACAAUACAUCGUUAAAAGACCUGGGUUCUGGGCUUGUAGCUGUAUUCGUGGGUGGUACGAGUGGGAUCGGUCUCUACACUGCGCGUGAAUUCGUUCGCCGCACUUUAUCUCCCACCAUCUACCUUGUUGGUCGCAACGAGACUCGAGCGGGUGACAUUAUUGCUGGCUUGAAGUUACUGAACGAGGGGGCCCAGAUUUACUUUAUCAAGGCCGAUGCAUCACUCUUGAUGGAGGUGGAUUCUGCAUGUGAUGUGAUACAACGCCAGGUUAGCCAUGUCAACGUGCUGUUUCUGAGCUGCGGCAUCUUUACACUAAAUCGGAGAGAGGAAACCACCGAAGGCCUCGACAGAAGGUUCAGUCUCCAUUACUACACCCGCAUGCGCUUCAUCCACAACUUAAUCCCUCAAUUGACCUGCGCCGGCCGUAAUGAACAUGGGCUCUCCCGGGUCGUAUCCGUGCUAGGCGCAGGCCACGAAACAAAGCUUCACUUGGAUGAUCUCGACCUGCGGGAACGUUACGGUGUCGAAGCUUGCGAUGUCCAUGCCACGACGAUGACCUCGUUGAUGGUAAAAGAGUUUGCAUUGCGAUAUCCGUCCACAACCUUUAUUCAUACGUAUCCCGGGAUUGUGAAGUCGGGGAUUGCUCGGGAAGCCGGUCCUGUCGUGAGCCGCGUGAUUAGGGCCGCAAUGUUUCUCGGUAGGCUGUGGAUGGUAUCGAAACAAGAGAGCGGAGAACGGCACCUAUUCGCAGCAACUAGCAGACAGUUUUCUCCGGGUACAAAGGCUGCGGUAGGAGGAAUCACAGGUGGUGCUUAUUUACUGAAUUGGGACGUGUCUGAGGCGGGCAAUCGAGGACUUCUCGAUGACUACUAUACACAUGGAGUCAGUGAUCAAGUAUGGAUGCACACGCAGGAAACGUUCAGGAAAGCUCUAGGUAACAAGGGACGGCUACGCCAAUAA